GCGGGGUCUGCGGGGCGGACGGGGCGGGCAGCGUAGGGCGCCACGUCGGCAGCAGAGCCGCGGCGCAGGAGAGUAAAGUCUGCGCCGGGCAGGGAGCGGGUUGCAGGCUGCGGGCGCGUUCCCCUUCCCCGCGGCGGGUUUGGAUUUCCACUUUUUGAAAGAUACCUUUUUGGCUCAAAGAACGUCGUGAUCCUUGUCAUUUAGCCAGCCAUACUGGUGGCUUUUUUUUUUCUUUCCUUCCUAAUUCCUUUUCGUUUUAAAGGCAAUAAUGAAUCAAACAGACAAAAAUCAAGAGGAAAUUCCUUCAUACCUUAAUGAUGAACCACCAGAAGGUUCAUUGAAAGAGCAUCCACAGCAGCAGCCUGGCAUGCUUUCUCGUGUGACUGGUGGCAUUUUCAGUGUAACAAAGGGAGCAGUUGGUGCCACGAUCGGUGGUGUAGCCUGGAUUGGAGGAAAAAGUUUGGAAAUGACCAAAACAGCUGUUACAGCAGUGCCUUCCAUGGGAGUGGGUCUAGUUAAAGGAAGUGUUUCUGCUGUGGCGGGGGGUAUUACAGCUGUAGGAUCUGCUGUCACAAGUAAAGUGCCUUUAACGGGGAAGAAAAAGGAUAAGUCUGACUAAAAGAGGACGGAGUCCUAGUUGAGUUCCAUAAUACUACAUCAGUGGCAUUGGAAUCUGCUAAGAUUUGGACUACAACAAAGCCACAUGUCUUAGACACUUAUCUUCUAAAGAGCUGUGGGAAAAGUUUUGCUUUCCUCUGAAGGGACAGCACUGUGUAUGAAGAUUCAUUUAAAACCUAGAUUCAAGCUUUAUAUCUGGUGAAAUGUUACACUUGAUAAAUUUAGAACCAAGCACAUGUAUGAGAGGGGAUAGUACAUGGCUGAAUAUUCGUUUACUGUAAAUCUUAUGCAGUAUGGGACUAAAAUGUGAAAGUAAAAAAAGAUUGUUGGCCAUUUUUGCAGUACUAGCUGUAUAUGAUGUGCCGGCUGCCAUUCUUAGUGGUUUCUGCAUCCUCUUGAUAAGGAAUUCUUGAACUGUGUAAAAGGCAUCUUCUGAUAUGCUUAAUAGUUUCAUAUAUUUUGUUUUUGCUUUUUGAAACUAUUUUUAUACAGAUUAUAAAUUCUCAAUGAGUGUAUUCUACUAGUGAUGGCUGGCAAGAGACAGAACUGGAGAUGUUUAGAAGUGUGGGUGGGGGAAAAGUAUGCUUAAAAUGGCUGAGAGAGAGAAGGCAGCUUAAAGGUUUAUUUUUGAAGUAUACUGCUUUUAAUGAUUCAUGCCUAAUGGUUGGAAAAACUCAUUUUCACUUAAUGAAGCUGUGUAAAGAGUUUUCUAAUGUCUAUCAUUUCAACACUGUUCAUAGAAUAAGCUUUGGACACUUUUUUAAAAAAUACGUGCUGAUAUCUGAAACUUUGUCAUCUUUUACUAAAGACGAUACUGCUAUAUCUCAGAUGUGUUUUAAAGGUAUCCCUCUAUCACCUGCAAAUGAAACCUUACUGCUUGUGACUUUUUUAGCUCAAAAACAAUAGAAGAAAAUGGCUUGAUUUCAAUUGAGCCAAGGUUCAUGAUCCAUUGUAGUUAUCUUGAGAGAAAUACCUUUGCUGUGAUGUUAGAAACCACCAAAGAGUGAUCUAAUUAAAGCCGUUGUCUGACUGCAUGAUUUACUAGUUUAGUUUGUUGCUUUUAACCAUUCACAUCUCCUAUAGCCAAGAUAUAAAGACUUUCACUACAUUUGUAUUUUAAGUUCACUUUUACUUAAAACACAGCACUGUACUCUUUAAACUAAUGAACAAGACUGACUAUGUUAAAAGUGAAAAUGAGAAAUGUAAUCUCAGUGAAUUGAAUGGGGACAGAUAUCCUUACUUUGGCACAUUUUGAAUUGGGUACAUCUCCCACAUCUUCAAGGAUGUUCAUGGGCAGGAUCUAAAUGCAUGACACAAGCUCAGUUAUUCAAGAUCUGCUGACUCUGCAGAUAACCUUUUGGCAGCCUGUAAAAGAUGGUGGAAGUUUCAUGUGAAUGUUUGGUAAUGCAGUAUUUUGUAAAAUUGUAUAUCUCUGCAGAGAAUUUCUAAAUGUGAGCUUUUAAGUGGCUAUGGCUGUACAAGGAAGAUAUAAAUCUUUUUAUAGAAAUUAAAGGUCAAAGGGUAUCACUUGUCUUAACAUUUUUAUUCCUGUUUAGCUGAUGUUGGUAAAUGGUAAACUAUUUGAUAUAGUCAGCUAGUGAGACUGAACCAUUGGGACUUCAGCUGUGAUCUGAAGCAGCUUUCCUUAUUAGACAGCAUUACCAUUAAAUAUGUUUAUCUGACAGUUUUCUAGGUAUGCUGUAGCAGUGGAAAUGAAAUGUUAAAAUAUAUAGGCUUGUUUUAGAAGAUUCCAACAAAAGGAAUUAUUUACUCAUCUUAUUUGAGUAAAACAUUUUGCAUUGCUAUGGUAAUCUGUCAUACACCAUUUUUGGGGAUUGAAGAGGACCAUGUCAUCAAUGUAAGUUUAUCAGCUAACAGUUAAGAGGCUUUAACACAGAGUGGUAUGACAGUCAACUACACAUUUGUUGACAAACUUUACUGCAUUAACUGUUCAACUAAAUCCUUUUACUAAUCUUUAUGGAAAUUGGGAAUUUUAAAGGGUUAAAUUUUAAAUCACAAACUCCUUACCCUUUCUGAUAAGCCAUUUUUUAAAGUAACAGACACUAUGAAAAUUGCAGCAAAUUAAGUGUAGUCUUGAAGUUUCUUGCUAUAAGCUAUACAAUUGUUCUACCAUCUUGCAGCGUGUCUUAGGAGCAAAAUGUAUUAUUCAGUGAUUCUAAAUUCUUGUAACUAAAUGCUUUAAAGUAGUAUAGGGUUGCAGUUUAGAGCUUGGUCCUGUGCUGUCUGCAUUUUUAUUUUCCACUUUAUGUAUGACUGUGACCCUUUUUUAAAAACUUGUUCUAAUUCUGUCCUGCUUGGAACCUGUGAAAUAUUAAAUUGUUGCAGUUUGA